AUCAAAUUUAGUCCAUUUUGUGCAGUGUAGACUAGCCUUGUACAUUCUUCUUUAAGGAGGUAGGAAAUAGUUAUAUGCUAGACCUACAGUGUAGCAGUAGCCUAGCAGUUUGAAAAUUAAAGAUAAAAACAACAUGGCAGCAGCAGUUAAAAAGAAAAAGCCUUUCUCAAUGAAAGUUUUAUCAAGAAACCCAGAGAAUUAUAGAAGAGAGACAAAACUUGAUAUACAUAAAGCACCCUUAAAUCCUGAUGCAUACCUGCACCCGUUUGCCAUGGAUCGGGAGUAUCAAAGAGCUUUAAAUGCUACUAAGCUUGAGAGGGUUUUUGCCAAGCCUUUCCUGUGUGGAUUAGAGGGACACAGAGACAGUGUGGAAGCCCUUGCAAAGUUCCCCACAAGGUUGUCUCAUGUUUUGUCUGCAGCCAGUGAUGGUGAAAUUCGUUUGUGGGACUUGGCUAGUAAAACAUGUGUGAGUAGUGUUGUUGCUCACAGUGGGAUAGUACGCAGCUUGUGUGCACACAAAUCUGGAGAGCGUUUCUUGUCUUGUGGACAAGAUGCCAAUAUAAAGUUCUGGGCGUGUUCUGAAGAGGGGAUCAUAAACCCUGAUCCAGUGAGAACAAUACUAAACAAAAAUGUGUACCAGAGUAUUGACCACCAUGAGAAGGAGGACAUCUUUGUUACAUGUGGUCAGUCCCUGGAUGUAUGGGCAGGGGAUAGAGCACAGCCAUUCCAGUCUUAUACAUGGGGCUUAGACAGUAUGCACCAUGUCAAGUUUAAUAGAAUAGAGACACAUCUGAUAGCAGUUGCUGCUGAUGACAGAAGUAUAAUGUUGUAUGACACAAGGGGAGGCUCAGGUGUACAGAAGCUGAUCAUGAGGAUGAAAACCAAUGCUAUCAGCUGGAACCCAAUGCAAGCUUUUGUAUUUACAGCAGCAUGUGAUGAUUAUAAUUUAUACACAUACGACAUAAGGAAUCUUACUAUAGCUUCCAACAAGCAUGAAGAUCACAUAGCAGCAGUGAUGGAUGUGGACUACGCACCGACUGGAAAAGAAUUUGCGACAGCCGGUUACGACAGAUCUGUUAGGAUAUUCAAUGUAGCUGAAGGCCAUAGCAGAGAUGUGUAUACAACAAAACGGAUGCAGCGAGUUAACCACAUCCUGUGGUCUAUGGAUAACAAGUAUAUUUUAUCUGGAUCUGAUGAGAUGAAUGUUCGUCUGUGGAAGGCCAGAGCUUCAGAGAAAUUAGGAUUGCUGAAACCAAGAGAAAAGACAGCAAUGAACACAGCAGAGACCCUGAAGAAAACAUUCAAAGACUUCCCAGAGAUCAAACGUAUUGCCAGACACAGGCACCUGCCCAAGCUGAUCUUUCAACAAAAGAAAGAGCUCAGAGAAAUCAAAGAAGCACAGAAGAAAAAAGAGAGCAACAGAAGGUUUCACAGCAAACCUGGUGCUGUCCCCUUUGUACCAGAGCGCAAGAGACAGAUUGUGGAGGUCAAGGAAUAGUGUGUGUUGUGUGUAUAUGUACAAUUGGUUGGUGUGGGAGGUGGAUGUGUGUGUGUGUGUGUGUAC